ACCCAACUCCCCUGUCUAAUUCCUCUUAUUUAUUUCUUUUUUCUCAACUCUAUUUCACUCCAUAUUUACCUUCCAACUAUCUCCCCACAUACCUUUUAUUCAUCUCCCUCUCUCUCUCCUCUUGUUUCAGCUUGUCCAAAAAGACCAAAUAAAUCAUGGGAUUUGAUCGUAAUGUUUGUGAAACAGGCCUAAAGCUAGGGUUGGGUUUUUCACCAGCGGUGGAAAUCAUUCCGGCGAAGGCCGGUAAUCACAGUCAUCCUUGCCGGCCCAAGGCCGUGGCUUUGAGUUUCGAGCCGUCUUUGACCCUGGGUCUUGUUUCAGGUGACAAAGUCAAUGAUGGUUUUGUUAUUAAGCCGUCUUCAUGUGAGAUAUUGUAUCGGCAAGAUAGUACCGGAGCAUCCUCUUUCUCGAAUGCCAGUGUGAAGAGGGAGAGAGAGCAGCGUGGAAGUGAAGAAACAGAGACCACGGCUAGGGUUUCUUCGAGGGUUAUUAGUGAUGAAGAUGAUGAUGGUAGUAAUGGCAGAAAAAAGCUCAGGCUCACCAAAGCUCAAUCCGCCCUUCUUGAAGAAAGCUUCAAACUACAUAGCACUCUCAAUCCUCAGAAACAAAAGCAAGAACUAGCAAAGGAGCUAAAUUUAAGGCCACGGCAAGUUGAAGUCUGGUUCCAGAACAGGAGAGCCAGGACAAAGCUAAAGCAGACAGAAGUGGACUGUGAGUACUUGAAAAAAUGCUGCGAAACUCUAACAGAUGAGAACAGGAGGCUCCAGAAAGAGGUUCAAGAACUAAAAGCACUUAAAGUGGCUCAACCGUUGUAUAUGCAGCUGCCAGCGGCCACUCUUACCAUGUGUCCUUCGUGCGAAAGAGUCGGCGGGAGCGGCGGCCCUCCCGCCACUAGCGCUGAUAAUUCCUCCAAGGAGACCUUUUCUUCAAUCACUACCCCGAAGCCUCACUUCUAUAACUCCUUCCCUAAUCCAUCAGCAGCUUGUUAAUAUAUAUGAUAUAUAUAUAGGUUAAUUUUCCCCAUAGUGUCCGUAGAUUAAAAAUGGAAAUGACCAGAUCUCCACAAACCCUGUAUUUUUGCUUGAGGGCUGGAAAUGAAGCACAAUAUAUAUACUAUAGAUAUAUAUUCCAUAAAGACCUGAUGCUAGGAUAGACAUAUGUAUCAGUUUUCUCUGAUCUCUAAUUAUGUCAAUGUAAUUAGCUGUUGAAUCUAUAUAUAUGAGUAAAGGGGGUUUUCUUUUCCA